ACCAGCGCUUAGCUUCCGGAGCUUCUAGGCCCAUGCCCGUGCACAUUGGAACUUUAGGGGAGCUUAAGUGCGCGAUGCAAGACCCUCUCCUUGUGAGGAGGUAGCAACAGACGCAGCGUUGAAUUCCUGUGUCUCACUAUAUACUUGGCCCUUCCGUCGUUCUCCUCAAUGGGUGUACAUCUUACAGUACGUCGUCCUUCGACGACCACUGUCUCGUUUACGGUCUCCAAUGCUUCUCCGCGCAGCACCCUCCCCGCGAAGCUCGCAUUUUACCUUCAAGUCUUAAUUCGUGGUUUACUCUUUAUAUCCACCUUAUUAAUCGAUACGGCGGCGUUGCGAUCCAUAUUCUUUUAUGAUAAUGGACCCAUUAUUCCUUGGAAGGUUAUCUGGUCAAGCCCAAUUGGGUCAUUGUUAUGUCGGACAGCAGACGCUUACAGCUGGAGGGUAAUUGCGAUCGCAAGCGCAUUGGUCAUAUACGGCGUAUUCAGGAAAGGAUACACAGAAGAAUCGCUGCUUGUUAUCCGUGGACUCGGGAUCCAAACGUCCACGUCUUCAGCCUCAUACUGCUCGACCUCCGCGACUAGAUUCAUUCCAACAACGCAGAUCCAAGAUAUUGUCAUUCAUGAGGCUUUCAAGGGAUUUGAGGUCCGCUUCUACCUUGCCAUUAUUGUGGAGGGAGAACCAGACGUCGUCGUCGUGUUUCCGAAUCUGCUACCUAAAAGGUUGAUCCUUGAGGAAGUAUGGCGGGGAACACGUCAGUGUCUGUACGAGUCAAAGUCGGCAUCUGUCUACGGUUGAAACGAUAAAUUUCUACUGCGGCGAUCUAUAGCGCACUUGAGAUGGGCCGUGAACCCAUUGGUGAUAUGAAUGGUUAUUCUCUAGGUAAGU